UUAAGAUCUCAAAUGACAAAUGCCUAGCUAUUGUAUUGGCUUCCGUUCUUAAAUAAAUCUGGUUAGUUCAAGUUUCAGACAAAAUUUAUCAACCAUAACAAACUGCUAUCUAGCCCUGAGCAUGCAUUACUGGUGGAUUGUAUCACUAUUUGGUCAACGUGCAGUGUAAACUGGUCAUAUUACUCUGAAGCUUAAAUUUGUAUAAUGGUAUUGGAAUAGAGGCAAGCCACACAAUAUUGAUCUCAAUGAUUGGCUGUGAUGUUUAAUGCGGAUUCAAAAACUGGUCAGAAGAAGUGCGGAAUACAAGUGUAUAGUGACUAUUUGUAAAUCACAGGCAGGUAAAUCACAGGCAAACAAUGCAGGAAGAUUUUUAAAGCAAUAGUACAUGUAUUAAGUGUUUUCUUUUGGUGGAAAACUGCAGAUCAAAAGUAGUAGGAAGUGGAGUAUACGCAACUUAACAAUAAAGAGUCAAGAUGAACUUUAGGCAGCGAUUGAAAAGUGUACUGACCCUAUUCGUGUUGGUUUCAACGAUAGGUGGUGUUCUUUUGUUCCUACAUUACAAAGAAGAAAUGACAAGACUCAAGCCACGCUUGGAGCAAAGGCAGAUUCCAAUCUUAGCAGACAUCAAACAACCAGAAUUUAUUGUGCAAAAUGAAACAUCACAAAAUCACAAUAUCCAUGGCGACGCUGUGAAAUCUGGAAAUGUGAGCAACACUAGCAAAUCUGAAACUCUUCAGACAAAACUUUCUCCUGUGAACAACCUAGAAAUGAUUGUAAGAGAGAAAAAGUAUGAAUAUUUCACAGAUAAAUUUGUGAUUGACAAAGAGCCAUUCUUGUCAUGGUUUAACAAAAAAAAUGAAAUACACAUAUGUGGGGAUCGCUUAAAAGUUUAUGGCAAUUAUUUUGGAGUAGCAAGGAAUAUUGUUAUGCACCCUGAAAAACAGAGCACAAAUUCUGUGAAAGGAGGUGAGCAAGUUAAGGCCGUUCUUGGACAAACAGAGGGCCAGGAAUAUUUUAAUCUGAAUUCCGACUUCUGGGAACUUAGUUGUGAUACUAAUGAUACCACCCAACAAAAACUGUCCAAUUCAGGUUUGAACUGGAAAAAUAACAUUAAAAUUGUGUCAACAGCGAAUAAUGCUUCUAACCAUGUACAUAAAUAUACUUUUGGGGUCCUAAGAGGUGACUAUGCUAACCUUCACAACUGGAUGAGGUGUAUCUUUAAUGUGUUUAUUCUUAUGUCCUUCUUCAAGGUACAGCCUUCUGAAAUGUCCAUUCUCUUUCUUGAUGCCCAUCCUUUCACGCCAUUGGACAAAGCUUGGGAUGUUAUUUAUAGCACACCAAUCAGAGUUGGCCAUCUAAGUCAACCGGUGCACUAUGAGAACUUCAUAUGGGGAGUAGAUGAGAAGAAUAUGCCAUUUAGUGAGCAUGUUGAUCCCCCAAUUCCUUACCUAGAAGAAUUCCGUACAUUUGUGUUGGACCGAUUUGAUUUGCCUACAAAGGAUGUGCUUAACUGUAAGAAAUUACGCAUCACUUUCAUAGUGCGUAGAAAUGCAGUGUAUCAUCCGAGAAACGCUGAAGGAAACGUUGGAAGAAAGGUCUUCAACGAAGCAGAAGUUGUGGAAACACUAAUGAAGGCUUUUCCUGGUUCUCAUGUACAGGCUGCCUUAAUGGAAGCCCUCCCAAUGAAGUCCCAACUGGAAAUCAGCAGCCAAACAGACUUGUGGAUUGGAAUGCACGGAGCUGGCAUGACCCACAUUGCAUUUCUACCAAAGCACGCAGCAGUGCUGGAACUUUUUCAGAAGGAUUUUAAGGUGAACCGUCCCUGGUUUGUGUGUUUCCACAGCAUAACAAUGUGGCGAGGCAUGCACUAUGAUUCUUGGGAGAACACCGAUGGAAAUCUAGAAAUGCCUCAUGACUAUACCAUUGUGCCUACAGAUGUCAUUGCUCAAAAGACACAGAAACUAGUGGAACAGAUGUGCCCUAAAUAGAUGCAUGAACAGUUCAUUUAUUAUAUAUAUUCUGUAAACAUAAUGGAGUUACUGAGAAGCAAGUACUAUAAUGAAUCAUUUAUAUAUCAUGCACAUUAUGUUCCUGACCACAUGAUAACCACCAUUCCAGCUUUACUCUUCAAUAUUACAUCAAUAGAAAUUCAAUGUCCAUUUUCAUUGGUUAGUAUUUUUAGUUGUCAUUAUUUUAAAUGCAAAUGUUCACAACUGUCCUACCUCUUAAUGGCCUUCAAGAAUUAUGGCAUGUAUGCUCCUUAGUGAUGUUGUAUUAAUUUCUAUAUGAAAUAAUGUUAAAACAGCAAAACAAAAUUUUUUACCAAAGAGAUCACAGUUCCUAUGUAUCAGAAAAAAUAAUAACUUUCUUAUUUCUUAAAUCUUACAGCAUUUAAAACAUUAGUUUACAUAACAAUUUGUGCCUUACCUUCUGGGCUAAAUAACAUGAUAAGAAAGCUAAUUAAUUUGUGUCAAUCUACAAUUAGUAAGCUAGUCAUAUUAAUAAUAAGUCUUUAUUACUGAAUACAAGAAUAAAAAAUUAAUUAAGUAUUAAUAUGCUUAUUUAAUUUAUGAAAUCACGACAGCAUUAUCUAUGUUUAUCACACACGUCUUUUUUUAUGGACACUUAAUUUUUUUCCAAAAUUCUGAAAAAUAAAUUAAAGGGGCAUAUGAAACAUUUUAGGGUUUAAAACAAAAAAAACUAACUUUAAAUACAAAGAUUAUUUUAUUAAUAAGUCUUCUUCAUAUAAAAUAUCAGUUGAAUGUAAAAAUGUUUACAAAUAUCAGAGAUUACACAGACAUUUUAAACCCUCCUAACCUGACACUAGCGGAUUUCUCAAAGUAUUUGUUUAUAAUUGUCUGCUUCAGAGCCAUUUAAAAUAUAAAAGGUAAAGAAAAACAAGGAAUCCAGACCAUUAAAAUAGAUACAAGUAUUGGUGUAUGAUUCUCACUUCUUUCACUUUUACUCCAUUUUCAGAAAAUAAUUUGUACAUUUUGCUUAUGAUCUUAAUUGUAAUUAAAUUGUUUGUUGGUUGGUAUCAGAAAAGUGCAUGAAAUAUGCACAUCAUCUUCAACAGGAAAACCUGUUGCCCUAAUUGGAUGUUGGUCUUGAAAUACAAACAGAAUCCAGAAAUAACACUUCACUCUACCAAACACUUGCAUAUGCUUUUGUAAAUCAAAUUCUAUAGCACAUUUAUUGUGAGCAUUGAAAAAUAUUUUGUAAUUUAAGUUGUCAUUAUAUACUGGAUUCAGUAGACAAGAAAAGCUGUAUGCAUAUAGCAAUUGAUACUGUUAGAGUACACAUGCAGGUAUUGAUGUAUGAACUGAUAACAUAUUUGAAUAAUGGUGUGGAAGGGGUUAACUGGCAGGGUUCCUCUAGAAUCCAGAAUAAAAUAAACCAAAACACAGAAGUUAAAUUAAACAAUCAAAACUGAAAGACAUACUGUGUUUUGUCUUCAGUCCAAUUUAAGGACAUCCGAGUGGAAGUUGGCAUACAUGUUAUAUGCCAUCUGUGUACAUUAUGUGAAAAUGUCUGAUGCAAACUAUGAUUUUGCCUUGUUUGAUAUUUAUCAGGUUAAAGGUCACUUUAGUACAUGUUUUAUGUCUGAACUUUUUAAUAACAUGAUAUCUAUACAAAUUUAGAAAUAAAAGAACCAACACAAAAAUCAAUUGAAGUUGUGCAAUUUCUUUCCACAUACAAUUACAUUUGAACUUUAAUAACAACAUGAAUAAUGAACAUUCAAGCCACAUUACCCCACGGCUAUACAAUUAUUCAAAGUGAGCUUUAAAUUGCUCUAAAAAAGCUAAUGCUCUAAUCAGCAUCUCUUGCAAUUGUCCUUAUGCAGUACAGCUUCUGCCUAGCAAAAUGCCGCAAAUAUGCUUGGGGCAAAAUGACUAAAGCACUCCAUCCAUAGACAGGUAGUAAACAUGUUACUUUGACUAAAUCAUAUGGUUGUACGGAAGAAAAACAAAAAACCUUUGGAGUAAGUUUCAUGAUGAUUGAACUUCAUAAAUGUGACCUCUAGAGUGUGAACAAGCUAUACUUUAUUCAUAUUAAAUCAAGAGAUUGCCAAGCAAUAUGGUCCCCUACUGGUGAAACUCCACCAUUGUCAGUAAUUUUUUAUUUAUUUAUUUUACAUUUGUUGCCAUAGCAACCACAAUUUUUGACGUAGGAACACAAUGAAUUGAAGUGCAUAAUUUCCAUAUUGCCAUCUGUCAAUGUUUCAAGUUUCAUGAAAAAAUACGAAGAAGUUUUUAAGUUAUCGCAGGAUCCAGAAAAGUGUGACGGACUGACAGACUGACACACAGAGCGCAAACCAUUAAGUCCCCUCUGGUUUCACCGGUAGGGGACAAUAACUAGCCCGCCUCUUGGUGGCAAUGUUAAAGAAAAAAAGGAACCAUUUUUUAACUCAGCUGAAAUUUGUAACAACAAAAUUUAUGUUCUUGAUUUAUGAAACUUUUAUGUCCGAGUUUUAUGAAGAAUGGACAAUAAAAUGUGAAUCUACAUGUAGAGUGUUCACAAGGUUUCAUAUAGCCAUAUAACGAAAACUGCCUCGUCACCGGGUGGACAUUUUUUCAACAGAUACAUACCCAUUUUCACACUUAACCCUUUAUCACUUAGAUACAUAUUUAACCCUUUACCACUAAGAUACAUUUAACCCUUUACAACUUAGAUAUCUUUUCACCCUUUACCACUUAGAUACAUAUUUAACGGAGAUGUCAUUAGAACAAAUGUGCUAAAAAAGUUCUUAUAAAAAAUUGACAAAACAUAACUUCUAGAGUGUUAACAAGAUUCGACUAUAGCCUUAUAAGGAAAACCACCCCAUCCCCUAACAAUAAUUUUCAAUAGACCAGAACCAUUUUUUAAGCAUUUGUAUUUUAAUGCGGAAACAAUUUCUGCAUUUGUGUACUCUUUGCAAGGUGAGAGGGACUGGAACAGUAUAUAAGUCAUAUGGUGGUGAUAAGAUAAAAUUUGAACACUUUUUCCUAUUCAUACUCAGCACAUCAUAGUGGUUUAUCUUAACAUGAAGAUAUUGAUUGCAUUGAUCAUCAUGUCUGUAACAAUACAUGUUUCACCUGGGGGAAUUACAAACCAGAUCCAGGUCUCUGAUAUUGGACAACAAACAAUAGGGAACUACUUUACUGUCAGUUUAAUCUGAUGACAUCUAUUUAAUGGUGUAGGAAUUCUGUAUGUAUUUAAAAAAACAGCUAUUACAAUCUUGAGGUAUCACAUUUCAGUGUUUGCAUUAUCUUGAUGUAAAUUCAAAAGAGAACAAUACCUCAAUAUUCAUAUCAAAAAGCUAUGUAAUGUCUACACAUAGGAGCAAAAUUUUACAUGCAAACAAAAUGCACAUAAAAUUGAGUCAUUCACCAACCUUUACAUAUUGAAUUUUACAUGAUUAAAGAAAAUUGGUAAUUUUUGAAAAAAAUAGGGGCAAUAUGAUUUGUGACCUCAGCUCUAGAAUAACAAAGUCCAUAAGUUCACAUGUUGAUGAAUAUGAUGAAUAUGAUUUUGUUUCAAUUUCAUCUUUAAAUAAUAAAAAAAAUCAGCAUGAAAAUAUAAAUUGCGGAUUUGUAGAGAAUCACCAUACCAUGUCACAUGCUAAACACAACACGUACCUGCUUUGGAGUUUCAGGGAACAUUUUUUUAAGUUUUCCGAAUGUACAUAUAAGGGAAACAAAUUACUCCCAGGGGUGAGAUUUUGAUCCCAGCGCAAUUAUUUAAACAAACA